AUGAAGCAUACCACUAGAAGAGCAGCGAGUACUAGCAGAUGCGCAAAAGCAGACAAAAGCACGCCGUCCCGGGCCGCAAAUCUCCAACUUGUUCCCGACUUCCACGAUGUACCUCGACAUUCCAGACACUUUCGAAUGCAUAAUUAUAACACAAUUCAAAUGAAUGAACUUAGUCGGCGUCUGGCUUUUACCUUCGCGCACGUUCAUAUGUCUAUGACCAGGAGACUCACAGAUGAGUUUUCAUCCUCCUCCUCCCGCUCAAUUCAAAUUCAUUGCAAGGCAUCGGUGGCGCAGUUGCUGGUCGUAACACGUGCGAGUUGGACAAAAGCCGUGACUGUUCCUCGACGUUCCUUUCGACUCAAAACUAAGUUUAUCUCUCCUCUACAGGGAUAAGUCGGGUAUAGAUGAUUCACACCGGCCACCGGCACCAGUGGUCAUGCGAAGUUGCCAACGGGGCCACUGGCACUCAAACAUUCGUUCUUCGCCGUUCGUGAAUGAUGAUGAACGUGCAACUUGAGAUCCACUGGCAACUGGAGGCUAUUUUUGAACGCCUUUCUCGCGUUUGUCAAGUAAUUACGCGUCCCUUCCGAUUCCCGACGUUGAAUGAAAUGUAGGAUCGCAUCCAUAUGUAAGGACGUCCUUAAAGACCCAAUGAACAAGCGUGGCUAAGUAGUAAUCCUGGGGUGCGAAAGAAACUCCCAACACCUUCCUUGCAGACGAAUCAAUGGGGCGUGGCGCAAUAAAAAUUGAACAGAAGACUGGGAGACAAGGAUCUGUAUACUGAUAGAAGGUCGUUCCCGACGCGCAAUCGGAUAUCGGUACUCAUAUCUACAAGAUAAGGGCUUACGUUGAACUUUAUGUAUGUAUGCAUCCUGCUUUCUCACCUGCCUCAUUUUGUUAUCAUUCACAUUCAGCCUCAACCUUACGGCUUAGUGCACAGAGGCUAGAUUAUUCACCAGUUUGAAAGAGAGCUCGUAAGCACCCGGUGCCGAAAUUUUACUCAUU